AUGCCAAAUCGACUUCCGCGCGAGGACGUACGGCGUCGUGGUCAAUUACACCAACAACACAACCUCAUCUCCGUGACGCCGGAAGCCGAAAUUCCCUGGCCAGCCUACGCCAACGCCGUCAUCGAUAAAGCCACAAACUGGCUCUGGGUCUUCUCCUACGUCGACAGCUCUUUCGGCGGCUCGUACCUCGGCCGCACGCUACGUCUCAAUGUCAACCAGUUGCAGAAUUCCACGGGCGACUUCAGCGACGCCAUGACUCUGCGCGGCGUCUCGGACUAUCUGAUCUCUUGCGUCGACAAUGUCUUGGUAGCCCUAUCCUCAGCACGCCUGGUCGCGUCUAAUGCGACCAGUCCGGUGCAAGCGCGCGUCGCCGUAGCCGCCGUCACGCUCGGCGAGACCAAGUACAUCUGCGGCAUCCUCGCGUUGAACAUGGUCGUGUGCCUGGUCUACGUUGCCGAAGCGCUGCGAACUCGGUUCUGGCGCGACAUGCCGCGGCUAGAACUCAUGGAUUUGACUAGCGUUGUCAUCGCGGCCUGGAAAGGUGGAAUUGUCUACGCAGGAGGGACAGCCAAGGAUGACGCUUUUGGCGCAGAAACCAUCUCCAAGCGCCUGCCCAUUACGCUGAGUGAGCGCACGGCAUCCAUUCCUUCGAUUAUACCGGCUGCUGCGAGCGAGAUGGUGUCGAGUAGUACGGAGAGCUUACUCGCAAAGAAUCGGAGUCGGUGA